AUGCAAGCUUUCACGGGUUGUGAAGCCCAUUGCUAGACUAGAAAGCCUAAACUACUCGCUUAUUCCAGACUUGCUUUCCUUUAGAAUACUCUAUCAGACUCAAAUAUCGUCCCAAAUUUAUCACCUAUCAUGGACGAGCCUCCCUCGAAGAAGCCGCGCUUUGACCCCCGAAACCCCUCCACUUUGGUCGCCGAAGUCGAAUCCGACGAUGAGAAUCUAGAGGCUGGCGACGUUGGAAAGAGCCGUGGGGUCAAGCGUGGUGCUGUCAAAGUCGAUGGCUACGAUUCCGAUUCCUCAACCGAGAACUUCAAUACCCGCGCUGAAGCGAAGGCCGCAGCUACCUUACAAGACGAUGACGAAGAUGAUGACAUGUUUGCGGGUUCCGACAAGGACGAGAGGAAACCCAGUCGCAAAGACAAGAAGAAGCCUGUGCGAUUCCUAGAGACUCACGAAAUUGAAGGUCAGGAGGAAACUAGCAAAUCCGGUGGCCAUGUCGCCGCUGAUCUCGCUGCCGGGGUCGAUUCACACACGAACGAUGUCGAGACAAGUAGCGAAAGUGGCGAUGAUGAAGAGAGAGCCAGACUGGAUAGCGAUGUUGACGAAGAGAUUGGCGCUGGUGGAAAGAAGAAGCAUGCGCCAAAGCUCGAUGCGUUCAACAUGAGGAAGGAGCAAGAGGAGGGUCGUUUCGACGAGAGCGGUAACUAUGUGAGGAGGGCUCGCGAUCCAGAGGCUGACCAGGAUAAUUGGUUGGAUGGCAUCUCCAAGAAAGACGUGAAAAAGGCUAGGGAGGCUCAUGAAAAGCGCGAAGCCGAGCAGAAAGAGCAGCGACGCGCCAUUGAUGCCAUUGUAACCAGCGACGUUCUCACCACCCUGAUUCCUCUCCUCGAGAGAGCGGAGACUCCCAUGGAGGCUUUGUCCCGAUAUAAUAAAGUACGCCCACAGCAGCCAAAGAAGCGACAUAAAUGGGAUAAGAACAAGAAAUCAGGGACCAUGGACGUGGAUGAGGACCCAGACAAGCAAGCUGCAGCCGAAAGGGCUACCAAAGCUAUCAACGACAUUACCGAGUCCGUGAGUGCUCUAGAGAAGAAAGGCAUGGAUGACGUCUACGACAUCCCGCGGGAGAUGCUCGUGCGUGAGUACAGGAAUGACACAGGCGAAGACUGGAAGGAGCCUGUGCAGAAAGCAGAGGAUCCUGACACGCAGUGGGAGCUUCGCUAUGACGCGUCUCCUGACGUCGUCCACAGUCCCUUUCCUACUUCUUAUAUGAUCGCAUGGAAGGAGCAAGGCCAUUUCGAUAAUGGCGCUGAAUUUCGUCGAGUGGGCGAGACCGAGUGGACUCGGAUUCCCAAUUUCACGGAAUGAGGCAGCCGUUGCGGCUGCAUUGCUGAGAUACAGCUACGAUAUCUAUACCUACAUGUUCUACAUUUACCUCCCGAAAUGUACCAGGAUCUGUGUCCGAGACUCUAGCUUACGGCGCCGGGGAAAGGUUUUCUCAGACACUCUGCAACAUACCCAACGUAUUGCAUCAUGCGCGGUUGGUUCACUCCUGCAACUCUCUCGGCUACCGAUCACAUGAUCGAAGUAAGAUGCAGGCCCCAGCGAUCCUGGGGAACCUUUCUUACACUUCCAGCCAGUCGGGAGGCAGAAUAUCGGCAUUGCGGGUCUGUGAUGGUGGACAGCGGUUGCAACGACGGUGUGUGGUGAGGUAUUCAC